UAAAGACAAAUAAAUAAAUAAAAUAAAGUCAGGACACCUACCACGGCCUAUAAAACUCCCCCCACAAAACCCAAACCCAAAUUAUCCUCCUAGAGAACUAACCCUCCCAAUGGCCACCCACCACCGCCUAGAAAACUCCCAAGUGGUUGUGGUCAUGGUGCCCUUCCCGGCACAAGGCCAUCUCAACCAGCUCCUCCACCUCUCCCACCUAGUCGCCUCCUACAACAUACCGGUCCACUAUGUCAGCUCCGCCACUCACAACCUCCAAGCCAAGGCCCGCAUCCACUCUGGGAACCAUUUUGACAUUGCCAAUAUCCAUUUCCAUGACUUCCCAACCCCUUCAUUUCUCUCUCCUCCUCCAAACCCUAAUGCCUCCAUCAAAUUCCCCUCACACCUCCAACCAUUGUUCGAAGCAUCAUCGCAACUUCGUGAGCCUGUCAGGAACCUUUUAAGAGAAUUAUCACCCAAAACUCGAAGAAUUGUCGUAAUCCAUGACUCUCUAAUGGCUUCAGUGGUCCAAGAUGUGGCUUCCAUACCAAACGCGGAGUCCUACAAUUUUCACAGUGUCUCCGCCUUUGCCCUCUUCUGCCACUGUUGGGAAACCUUGGGAAGACCUUUCGAGGUUGAAGCUAAUAUACUAAAAGACCUUCCCUCCAAUGAAGGAUGUUUCACUGCAGAGUUUAUCAAAUUCAUCAGCACUCAAUUUGAUCACAUCAAGAUCAGCUCAGGCCGUCUUUACAACACAUGCAGAGUGAUAGAAAGUCCAUAUUUAGACUUGCUCGCCAAAAAAGUAACCAACAACAACAAGCAAUGGGCACUUGGACCCUUCAAUCCAGUCACAGCUGUAUCUCAUAACAAGAAAUCAUGCCAUCCAUGUUUAGACUGGCUCGACAAGCAACCUCAAAACUCGGUCAUCUAUGUUUCGUUUGGGACGACGACUUCAUUGUCUGAUGAACAAAUCAAAGAGCUGGCGACGGGGUUGGAAAGAAGUGAACAAAAGUUCAUUUGGGUGUUGAGAGAAGCCGACAGAGGAGAUGUGUUUGAAGGAGCUGGAGAGAGAAAAUUAGUUGAAGUACUGCCAAAAGGGUUUGAAGAGAGAGUGGAAGGGAAAGGAAUUGUAGUGAGAGAAUGGGCUCCACAAUUGGAGAUAUUGGGGCACACAUCAACAGGUGGGUUCAUGAGUCACUGUGGAUGGAAUUCGUGCAUGGAGAGCAUAACAAUGGGAGUGGCAAUGGGAGCAUGGCCUAUGCAUUCAGACCAGCCUCGGAACGCUGUAUUGAUAGCUAAGUUGUUAAAAGUCGGUGUAGUGGUUAAGGAUUGGGCACGUAGAGCUGAGUUGGUGGAUUCAUUGACUAUAGAAACAGCUGUGAGGAGAUUGAUGGGGUCCAAAGAAGGGGAGGAAAUAAGGAAGAGGGCGGCGGAGUUUGGCCGGGAGGUCCGAAAGGCGGUGGAGGAGGGUGGUGUGUCACGCUUGGAGUUGGAUUCUUUCAUUGCCCAUAUCACUAGAUAGAUCAUAUGUAAGAAUCACAAGAUCAUUGUGAUCGAUGAACGUAUCUUUGGUGAUUUAAAUUAAUGUGGUUUUUUUUUUUUUUUUUUUUUGGUUAAAUAAAUUAAUGUGGUCUUGUGCAUACAGAUCUACCAAUAUUUUGCUUAUUGUAAGUGAAUCUGUAAGUUUUAUUUUACUUUAUUUAUUAU